AUAAAUGGCGGACGCAGAAGCUGCUGCCACACACCCGGACCAUGGGCAAGCUAUUCCAACCGCCAAAUCCAUCCCAGACGGCGGAAAAGUUGUCGAUCCGAUCGACAGAUACACGGCUCUAGCCGUACGGGGCGCAAUCGUCGGUGUCGGUCUCGCCGGAGUCAUCAUCUAUUUGAGAAACUCGAGAUUGUUCCACAAAUUCCAACAUGUUAAUCAAAUUCCCAAGGAUUUCAUUCGAAAGGAGCUGGAAUUAAAGGGACGAGUACGUGAGGUACUUCCAAGUGGAGAACUUCGUGUCGAACAUGAGCCAAUUAUGAAGAUUCCGUUCCUUCCAAAGCGAAAGAAUGUCGAUACGGGCCUUCUGAAUCUGCGGCUGGCCGGUGUAGAGCUCUCUCAAUCUGGACAGCAAUUUUUGGCGAAGGAUUUGAGGCUUACCAAUAAACCCGUCACUUUUACCGUUAUUAAGGACGUAGAAGGAGCUCCGGACGCUGUAGACGCCGAUGUUACCGUCAAAAGAACAGCAUUUGGCCGUACUAAUCUCAAUCUGGAAGUUGUCCGCCGAGGCUAUGCCCGUGUCCCAGCUCCGGAUCAAGUUAAGCAUUUGAAGUCGCUGCAGACGAUUCCGGCUUACUCCAGGCUUAUUAGUAGGCUUCUUAUGAGUGAAAAGGUUGCCGAUCGUAGAGGAGUCGGAGUAUGGGAGCGUGAUACAUGGGUGGAAUCCGUGCAGUCGUACCCAUCGCAAGUGACAGGAAUUAUUCGUUCAGCCGCUAUUACCAAGGCUGUGGUUCUGCUCUACAACGUGACAAAAGACGUGAUUCUCUACGGAGUGAAGUUGACUCAACAGACCUAUUACGUAGUCUUGGCGAUUGCUGCUCACAUGCAAAAUGGCUAUCGACGAUUCGCGUCAGGAGUGGACCGGCUCACGGACAAGUACAACAAGGUCCGCCAACGGAUCGGAAAGUGAGCAGCUGUGCGGAGCAUCUCGAUCGAAAAUACUCACUUAUUCCUUCAAAUUUUUUUUUUGCAAAAAGUCCCCGUUCAAUUGUACAUUUGCCUGUUUCAGAAUUGUUCACACGACUUUCUAGAUGCCUUUUCUUUUUGAUUUUCGUAGUCAGUAUGCAUCAAUUUCGUUUUUCCCGUCUCUUUUUUGCUCCAUAUUCCGGUUUUAUUCCGUUUCUCCCUCCCAAAAAAAAAGAAAAGAACCAACCUCAUCCAAAAUUUUUAGAGAAAGAAGCUUAGGAUUUUGCGCUUUUUGCAACGUGUAUUAUCCCUUGUGUGAAAUAAAAUUAAAACUUUAUUUAGGGGGAGCAAUAAAAAUAAUUAAUAUUAGG